AUGUCAGUAAUUGAAGUGAAUUCGCAGUCUGAAGAAAUAGACAGUGAUGCAUCCACAGGAGAAAAACGUUUACGUCAGUUGGAGGCCUUGUUCCUUGGAGGACCCAUACUGGCUCAAGGUCAAUGCUUUAGUAUUGAAACUCUUCUCGACAUUCUUCUUGUUUUGUAUGAUGAAUGCUGUAAUUCUUCUUUACGGAGAGAAAAAACUGUUUCGGAUUUUAUCCAAUUUGCCAAACCUGUUGCUAAUUGUGUAAAGUCGCUUCGGUUAACCCGUGAUGAUUUUGAAUUAGUCAAAGUUAUCGGGAGAGGUGCAUUUGGAGAAGUAUGUGUCGUGAAAAUGAAAAAAACUGAUAAAGUGUUCGCCAUGAAGAUCUUAAACAAGUGGGAAAUGCUUAAACGAGCAGAAACGGCAUGCUUUCAGGAAGAAAGAGAUGUUUUAGUUUAUGGCGAUCGUCGUUGGAUCACAAAUCUUCAUUAUGCGUUUCAGGAUGAAAAUAAUUUGUAUUUAGUUAUGGAUUAUUAUUGUGGAGGGGAUUUGUUAACAUUAUUAAGCAAGUUUGAGGAUCGCUUGCCUGAAGACAUGGCUAAGUUUUAUAUAGCUGAAAUGGUUUUGGCCAUUUCUUCUAUACAUAAUCUUAGAUAUGUACAUAGGGAUAUCAAACCAGAUAAUGUUCUUUUGGAUGCUAAUGGUCACAUACGCCUGGCAGAUUUUGGUUCCUGUUUGAAAUUAUUUAAAGAUGGAACAGUUCAAAGUAAUGUUGCUGUUGGCACUCCAGAUUAUAUAUCACCUGAAAUCCUGCGGGCCAUGGAAGACGGGCAAGGCAGAUACGGACCUGAAUGUGAUUGGUGGUCACUUGGGGUUUGUAUGUAUGAGAUGCUAUAUGGUGAGACCCCGUUUUAUGCUGAGUCCCUUGUUGAAACAUAUGGGAAGAUUAUGAAUCACAAAAACUGUUUCGAUUUUCCUGGAGGCCUGGAUUAUGAUGUGUCUGAUGAAGCAAAAGAUUUAAUGAAACACCUUAUUUGUGGUUCAGAUUAUCGAUUAGGCCAAAAUGGAGUUCAGGAUUUCAAGAAUCAUGUUUGGUUUAGCGGUGUGGAUUGGGAUACAAUCAGGGAAAGUAAAGCUCCUUAUAUACCAGAAGUUAGUAGCCCGACUGAUACUUCCAAUUUCGAUGUAGAUGAUAAUGACAUUAGAUGCAGCGAAGCAGUACCACCUACACCUGCAAAUCCGGCUUUUGCAGGUUUACAUUUACCUUUUGUGGGAUUUACCUUUACUCAGGGCAGUCGGACAAGUGAUUUAACUAGUCUUCCAUUAGUUUCUGAGGGUAGUGAUGAAGAACUUAAUAGACAUUUACGAGAGUUAGAACAAGAAAAUUUACGAUUAUCAAAAAGUGUUGCAGAACUAAAGAAAGCUAUUGAAGUGCAAUCCAAUGAUGAAAGUGAAAACGUGAGAAAAGUUUCGCCAACCAGUGAUAGUGCUAGUCUUAGGAGGUUGCAAGAUGAAAUCAACAUCCUCACUAAAAGAAAUGCAGAACUUGAACAUCAAUUACAUGCCCUGGAUAAUGUUCAAGAAAAUCAGACAUCUGAUGCCCCACAAAAAAUCAGGGAACUUGAAAAGGCUGUUAGAAUGAUAAAACAAGAAAAGGAUGAAGCAAUGAAAGACAAAUUAGAUUUCUUAGAAAAACUGAAAAUGCAAGACAAAGAAUUAAAAGAUGCUUUAAGCCAACGAAAGCUUGCAAUGGCUGAAUACUCGGAGGUCUCUGACAAGCUACAAGAAUUGAGAGUCCAAAAGACUAAAAUGUCACGCCAAGUAAGAGAUAAGGAAGAAGAAUUGGAAGUAGCUAUGCAAAAAGUAGAUUCAUUAAGACAAGACCUUCGAAGAGCUGAGAAAUUGAGGAGAGAAUUAGAAGCAAGAGUUGAAGAUGCUAUUGCUGAAACAUCAAAAGAGAGGAAAUUAAGGGAAAGAAGUGAAGAAUAUUGCAGGCAACUGGAGUCAGAAACAGAAAGGUGGAGAUCGCAAAGAAAAGACUUAGGAGAAGUAUUACCUUCAUCUCAAACUCAAAUUUCUACUCAAGAGAUUAGCAGACUUAAAUCUGAAGUAGAAAGACUUGAGGUUCAAUACAAAGAAAGUUUGGCUCAACAGCAAGCUAGGUUCUCUAAUGAGCUGUCUGCUUUGAGGGAACAACUUCAGGAAGCAGAAGCUACAAGAGAUCACCUACAGAGAGAGGUUGAAAUUGCUAAGGAAAAAUUAGACUCGAGUAGGCUAGAAAAUAUGACAGAUAGUGAAGAAGCAAUAUCUGAAUUAACCAGAAGAUAUGAUAGAGAAAAAAUACUACUUAUUGAAGAUAAUAAAAAACUUGGUUUAGAAUUAGACACGUUGAGUGAUAGCUUAGCUCGGCUUCAAGCUGAAAAGAGACUACAAGAUGAAGAAUAUGAAGAGCUAAGGAAUAAGAAAGAAGCAAUUGCUCAAUGGGAAGCGCAAAUUUCAGAAAUUAUUCAAUGGGUGAACGAUGAGAAAGAUGCUCGAGGCUAUUUACAAGCUUUGGCUACUAAGAUGACUGAAGAGUUAGAAUUCUUGAAACAUUCUGGUACUGGAAAUGUUGCUAAUUCUGAUAAGAAUUGGCGUAAUAGGAGAAGUCAGAAACUUGAAAAGAUGGAACUGUUGAAUCUUCAAAGUAGUCUCCAGUCUGAAAUACAAGCUAAGACUGCGAUCAGUGAAGAACUUAGUAAAACUAGAUCUGAUUUGAUAGCUUCACAAAAAGAGAUGCGUGAUUUCCGUGCAAGAUACGAAAGUCUUUCUCAUGAGCUAAAGAGGAAAGAAAUGCAAAUAAAAGAACUUCAAGGAAGAAUAGACUCUGGAGAUGGAUUUCUUGAACGUGCCUCAUCUCAGAUGUCUUACUUAGGUGCAUUUCUGAAGGAGGGUGGCGGUGGAGUUGAAAGUGAUGAGGCUGAUAUCGAAGACAAUCGAGCUCCAUCAAUCACUAGCUCAAAAUCAAACCUAUCUGACUUAAGUAUUACUGGAGCAAUGAGCCAUGGACUUCCCGUGAAACCCAAAUCACAUCAAUUUCUUAUCAGAACUUUCAAUUCUCCUACGAAAUGUUCACAUUGCACAUCCCUCAUGGUAGGGCUUACAAGGCAGGGCGCUGUAUGUGAUGCUUGUGGUUUUACAUGUCAUAGUGGCUGUUGUUCUAAAGUUCCACCUGUUUGCCCUGUGCCGGCCAACCAGACUAAAAGGCCACUAGGAAUUGAUCCAACUCGUGGAAUUGGAACAGCAUAUGAAGGUUAUGUAAAAGUGCCUAAAACUGGAGGAGUGAAAAAAGGAUGGAUCCGUCAAUUUGUUGUAGUCUGUGAUUUCAAAUUGUUUCUAUACGACAUCUGCCCAGAUCGAAAUGCUUUACCAUCUGUGUAUGUUUCUCAAGUUCUUGACAUGAGAGAUGAGCAUUUUAUGGUAUCUAGUGUCGGAGAUUCUGAUGUAAUCCAUGCAACAAAGAAAGAUAUUCCUUGUAUAUUCAGGAUUACUACUUCAUUGAUGGAUCCCCCUGGCUUUAAAAAUCACACAUUAAUGUUAGCAGAUACUGAAAGUGAAAAAAAUAAAUGGGUCGUUGCUUUAACUGAACUGCAUAGAAUACUGAAAAGAAAUAACCUGCCAAAUACAACUGUUUUUCAAGCUAAAGAGGUAUUGGAUAACACACAAACCUUUAUUAAGAAUACUAUGUCUGGAGCUAUUGUGGACCCAGAUCGUCUAGUCAUUGGAACAGAAGAAGGUCUGUUCUGCUUAGAUCUGGACCAUAAUGAAAUUGCCAGGAUAGGUGAAAACAAGAAAGUCUACCAAGUAGAUAUUCUAAUCGAUGAGCAAGUUGUCGUAGUUGUUGCUGGAAGGCAAAGGCAGGUGCGGCUGGUUCCGGUCAGAGCAUUAGAUGGUCAUGAAACAGAAUGGAUUAAAGUUGCCGAAACUAAAGCCACCAUUACGUUUUGUGUGGGGAUCAUGUGCCAUGCACCUCAACCCAUUUAUUGCUUAUGUGUAGCAAUAAAGCGACAGAACACCUCUCAAAUUAUAAUUUAUGAAAUUACAAGGACUAAAACUCGACACAAACGUUUGAGAGAAGUCAUGUUACCUACUCAGGCCCAAUCUCUUCAAGUUUUUUCUGAAGGAAGACUUUGUGUCGGAUAUCAAGCUGGAUAUUCAGUGUAUUCAAUUCUCGGAGAUCAUCAUCCUAUCUCUCUUAUUCAUGCUGAUAAUCCACUUCUCGGUUUCUUGGCCUACAGUGGAGUUGAUUCUAUGCUAGCAGUCGAAUUGGGACAUGGUGAAUUUCUUUUGGCAUUUCAUACUUUGGCUAUAUACGUAGAUAAUCAAGGGAGGAAAUCAAGAGAUACUGAAAUUAUGUACCCAGCUGUUCCUGUUGCCAUCACGUAUUGUGAUGGUCAUCUGCUGGUGUACUCCGAUACGCAUAUUGAUGUAUUUAAUGCAUCUACAUCCUUGUGGGUCCAAACUUUGAAUGUUAAAAAAGCGAGGCCUCUAAACACAACUGGCAGCAUAAGCAUUUGUACCAUAAAUGACAUGACAUACAUCAUACAUAUCGCUAAUAUUCAUCAAUGUGAUUUAUUGAGUAUAACUACUUAUGAUGCCACUGGGAGAUUAAUUGCUCGCCCAAGGAGGAGAUUUUCUUUGAGAGAAGGUCACCGUAUAUCAAGAGGUCCUGACAGAAGAUCAAAAAUGAUUUCUGCUCCGACAAACUUCAAUCACAUCUCUCAUAUGGGUCCUGGAGAUGGCAUACAAAUUCAGCGUUUGUUAGACCUUCCAACAACGAUUGAAACUGCAGACCAUCAUCACAGGACUCUGAGUAGCGGUUCAGUAAGUAAAGUUUCCAUACAACAGCCAUCGAGGGUGCCUCCUCAUCACCCAUCCCGCCCUGCACCUCACAGCUAUAACUCUCAAAAUGGUGUAAGUGCACGGAGAGCUGUACCACCUCCAAGACCAUCUGUAACUCCUCCAGCUCUACCGAGAACUCCUGACGAUCUUAUUCAUGACAUGUCUAAGGAAACAAGCGGUCUAAUGGGUAGCCCUAGACAUUCAAUAGCAUCCAACAACAGCAGCAAUCCAAGCACUCCACCAAGUCCCGGUCGAGGUUCUUCAAGUUACGAUUCAUAG